CCUUUCUUCAAUGCUGCUCCCUAACUGUAGUGAACGUAACAUCUAGAAAGUUCCAAAGAGGAGCUUCGAGAAACCUCCCCUAAAGUAUAAAAAGACUCCAGCAUGGCUUUGAAAUCAGAAGACACUCACUCGACAAACAGAAGAGAGACUAAACUGUUCAGAAGAACAGCGGCGACGAAUAGAUCGGACGAUUUUCAAGAGCUUUGUUUGACAAUCAGCUUCAAGAAGAGAGAAAGAUUAUAGUUAAGAUGCCUGAGAACGCUGGACACAUCAUGGAGGAAGAAGUGGAGACCUUCGCCUUCCAGGCUGAGAUCGCUCAGCUCAUGUCCCUGAUCAUCAACACGUUCUACUCAAACAAGGAGAUCUUCCUCAGAGAGCUUAUUUCCAACUCCUCAGAUGCUUUGGACAAAAUCAGAUAUGAAAGCCUGACAGACCCUAGCAAACUUGAGUCAUGCAAGGACCUGAAGAUUGAAAUCAAGCCUGACCUGCAUGCUCGCACCCUGACCUUGAUUGACACCGGCAUCGGUAUGACCAAGGCCGACCUCAUCAACAACCUGGGCACCAUCGCCAAGUCUGGCACUAAGGCCUUCAUGGAGGCUCUGCAGGCUGGAGCUGACAUCUCUAUGAUUGGUCAGUUCGGUGUAGGUUUCUACUCCGCCUACCUGGUGGCUGAGAAGGUGACGGUCAUCACAAAGCACAACGAUGACGAGCAGUAUAUUUGGGAGUCAGCAGCUGGAGGCUCGUUCACAGUCCGAUCAGACAACAGUGAAUCCAUUGGCAGAGGCACCAAAGUUAUCCUCCACCUCAAAGAAGAUCAGACGGAAUACUGCGAGGAGAAGCGCAUUAAGGAAGUCGUGAAGAAACACUCUCAGUUCAUUGGUUAUCCUAUUACACUUUAUGUGGAGAAGACCAGAGAGAAGGAAGUGGAUCUAGAGGAGGGAGAGAAGGAGGAGGAAGCUGAGAAAGAAGCUGCAGAGAACAAAGACAAACCUAAGAUUGAGGAUGUGGGGUCAGAUGAGGAUGAAGACUCAAAGGAUGGAAAGAACAAGAGAAAGCACAAGGUCAAGGAAAAGUACAUCGAUGCCCAGGAGCUGAACAAGACCAAGCCCAUUUGGACACGCAACCCAGACGACAUCACCAAUGAGGAGUACGGAGAGUUUUACAAGAGUCUCACCAAUGACUGGGAGGACCACCUGGCAGUCAAGCAUUUCUCAGUGGAAGGUCAGCUGGAGUUCCGUGCCCUGCUGUUUGUACCCAGAAGAGCUGCAUUCGACCUCUUUGAAAACAAGAAGAAAAGAAACAACAUCAAGCUUUAUGUGCGUAGAGUCUUCAUCAUGGAUAACUGUGAGGAGCUGAUCCCAGAAUACCUCAAUUUCAUCAAGGGUGUGGUGGACUCUGAGGACCUGCCCCUGAACAUCUCCAGAGAGAUGCUUCAGCAGAGUAAGAUCCUGAAGGUGAUCCGCAAAAACCUGGUCAAGAAGUGCCUGGAACUGUUCACAGAGCUGUCUGAGGACAAGGACAACUACAAGAAGUUCUACGAGCAGUUCUCCAAGAACAUGAAGCUCGGUAUCCACGAGGACUCCCAGAACAGAAAGAAACUGUCUGAACUACUGCGGUACUACACAUCAGCCUCUGGAGAUGAGAUGGUUUCCCUGAAAGACUAUGUCUCUCGCAUGAAAGACAACCAGAAGCACAUCUACUACAUCACUGGUGAGACCAAGGACCAGGUGGCCAAUUCUGCCUUUGUGGAGCGCCUUCGCAAAAGUGGUCUGGAGGUCAUUUACAUGAUCGAGCCCAUUGAUGAGUACUGCGUCCAGCAGCUGAAAGAGUACGAUGGGAAGAAUCUGAUUUCAGUCACAAAGGAAGGUCUGGAACUGCCUGAAGACGACGAAGAGAAGAAGAAGCAGGAGGAGCUCAAAACUAAGUUUGAGAACCUUUGCAAGAUCAUGAAGGAUAUUCUUGACAAGAAGAUUGAAAAGGUUGUAGUAUCCAACCGUCUAGUCUCUUCACCUUGCUGCAUUGUCACCAGCACCUACGGCUGGACGGCCAACAUGGAGAGAAUCAUGAAGUCUCAGGCACUGAGGGACAACUCUACUAUGGGAUAUAUGACUGCCAAGAAACACCUGGAGAUAAACCCAUCACAUCCGAUUGUGGAGACCCUGAGAGAGAAAGCAGAGGCCGACAAGAACGACAAGGCUGUGAAGGACCUAGUCAUUCUACUGUUUGAGACCGCCUUGCUGUCCUCAGGAUUCACAUUGGAGGACCCGCAAACACACGCCAACCGCAUCUACAGAAUGAUCAAACUGGGUCUUGGAAUUGAUGAUGAUGAUUCUGCAGUUGAAGACAUCAUUCAGCCAGCUGAUGAAGACAUGCCGGUCUUGGAGGGAGAUGAUGACACCUCAAGAAUGGAAGAAGUUGACUGAAAUUCUGGACUUUUCUAAUGCUUAUUUUUGUAAAUGACUGUUUUUGCUUCCUCACAAUUGAUUUGAGGAAAUGUUGACCAUCUGGUUUAAGUUUGCAUUAAUGACCAUUUAUAUAAAGCCUAUAUUAACAGUAUAAUAAGGUCCUUUGUCUUGGCCUAUGUACCUUUUUGUAACUAUUACAUUUUUAUAUGUAAAGCUUUCAAAUUUGUAAUAAAAUACAUUAGCAAACAA